UCUGACGCGUCGGACUCACGGUCAGUUCGUCGUCGACUAUGAGCGGCGAUCGCCAUGCCGGUUAGGAACGUAUGCGUCGCAUUCUCGGUGGCUCUAUCAUUGCUGAUCCUACUGCCGUCGCUGUCCAUACAGGAUGCUGCGCAGACUUGGAAUAGUUCUUCUGAUCAAUACUCGGCUGCCGCGAAUGGCCCACCAGGCCACUCUAAGUGGGGCGGAAACAAUGAUUUUUCCGGACCACCGGGUCAUAAUAAAUGGGGGGGUAGUAAUGGCAGAGGGCCACCAGGUGGCCGCGGUCCUCCCGGUUUAAUGGGCGGUGGUCCUCCAGGAUUAAACAAACGUCCUUCGGGCUGGAACCAAGAAAAUACCGAAAGUUCGAUCGAAAGUGAAAAUCAUCCAAAUCCAAAUAACGGAUUUGGAUCGACUCAAAAACCUCAUUCCAAUAAUAACAGAGAAGGUUCUUAUGAAUCGACUCAAAGACCUCAUUCCAAUAACGGAGAAGGUUUCGAUGCUAGCGACGAACAAUAUUGUAUUGAAAAUAGGAAUCAGGAGGAUGGCUGCAUUUUGCCUGAGCAACCGGAAGGUGGACGUUACGUGUUGGGCGGUUGCGAUCACCAUUGUACUAAACAUCCUGGUGAUACAGUUCCCAAAAACAGCAUACUCAAUUUUACUUGUAAAAGCAAUUACGUACUGAGCGGAAACACUAUUUCUGUUUGUGUCGACAAUCAGUGGUAUCAGCCGCCUUCGUGUCUCAAAGUCUGCCCGCCGUUAAACAGCACCACCGUAGACAUUUCCUGCAGCUACCAAGGGGAAACGGUGUCCUGUAGCGAGCGUAUAAUGCCUGGUACACGGGCUACACUCGCUUGUAAAUCAUCUUAUAAAUUACCUUUAACGAACGAUCCGGCUUACAGGGAGAUCACGUGUCUCGACGAUGGUUUAUGGGACCGUCGUGUUUUUCGUUGUCUACCAGAAUGCGGGACGUCCGUCGCACGUGGCAACACCUUAAUCGUAAACGGAUUCCAAGCCAAAGUGGGGGUAUUUCCCUGGCACGUUGGUAUCUACGCCAAGAAACGCACGGACGAGUACGAGCAGAUAUGCGGUGGCACUUUAAUUAGCAACAAUCUCGUCGUGUCAGCGGCUCACUGUUUCUACGAUGAGGUUUACAACCGACUCCAUGACGCGUCCAAGUACGCCGUGGCCGCCGGUAAGCACGCUCGCGAUUGGGACGCCAGAGAGAAAUACGCGCAGAAAUCCUGGGUGGAGAGCAUCCAGGCGGGCGGUAGAUACCAGGGGGCGAGGGGUAAUUUCGCCGACGACAUAGCUUUGCUAAAACUGAAAACGCCCUUCGAGCUGACUACCCUGGUGAGGCCGGUUUGCAUAGACUGGGACAACGAGUACGAGAGGGAGCAGCUGCAAGUGGGACACUCCGGCAAGGUGGUCGGCUGGGGUAAAGACAUCAAAGGCGAAUCCACCCAGACCUUACAGGAAGUCGACAUGCCGUUCGUGCCGUACGAUCAGUGUUUGUCCACGGUUCCGGUAGAUUUUCGAGGAUUCCUCACGUCCGACAAGUUCUGCGCCGGCCACUUGAACGGCUCCAGUGUCUGCGACGGAGACAGCGGCGGCGGCUUGUGCUUCGAGAAGGAUGGCAUUUGGUAUCUUCGCGGCAUUGUGAGCGUAAGCCCGGAAAAUAGGGGCACUUGCGAUUACAAUUCGUACGUUGGUUUCACCUCCGUCGGUCACUUUCGCGAAUGGAUUCGCGAAGCCUACGUCAGCACCUAAACGUGAGACGUGAAUUGCGGAUGCACGAAAUGUAUUGCCGGCAUCAUCGAGUCUGCAGUAAGACGUCAGACGUGACGUAAAAAAGAUACUAAUAAAAUAUUAUGGAUUGACAGUCAUCAAAUCUCCUUCACGAUUGAGUGGCGGAAGGCGCAAGAAUGGGAUUUAAAAAUUUACAACCGAUUUAAAACCGAUUGUGUUGAGUAGAUAAUAUAGUUGUCGGAAGAUACUAUCGAAUACGAUAUAUUAAAAGUGUGUGAUUGUGUUGUACGACAAUCUUUUAAUAAAAUGCUUUAUAAUUAUACCA